GGCUCUUCAGUCACACACCGGCUGGCUCUUCAGCGAGAGUUCGCCGAAUAACAUCUUCCGAGAGUACGCGCGCGCCUUGCGAUCAACAAUUCGGAUUGUGGCAGCGCGCUACGAAUUACUUACAACCACAAUCAAAACGCGCAUCAUGUCGCGAUAAGAACUAUCAAAUCAAUAAAGUCCUCCAACUAAAUACGAAUAUCAAAUUCCAAAGUAAAUAAAAUUUGCUGCAAACUGUGUCACAAAAUGGAUAAAACCAGUGCAAUUAUCAUUAGUUUACUAAGUUUAUUAUGUGCAGUGAGAUGGACACAUUCCGUCGAGAUCGAAGAGCGCAGUCAUAGUCCAAGCACAAAAGACACACGCAAGCUAUUUGGAGGUUACCGAAUAACACCACGAUACUGUCAGCCAACACGAGAAUUAUCUCAAGAACUGAAAGGUCCUAAUAUCUGCAUGUUUAAUCAUGAAUGCAUUCAACGCAAUGGAAUAGUAGUAGGUGCUUGUAUGGAUGGUUUUCUUUUUGGUGCGUGCUGCCAGCUACCAGCGGGUAGCGCUGGGGAACUGAUCAUACACAAUGUUCAGCAAUCCGUAAAUGUGCCUUCUAAUACGUUAUACUACACCAAGUCUCCUGGAUCGGUUGGGCAUAUAACAUCAAGCGGGGUCAGUAAAAUUACACAAACACUACUCUACGGCAAUCAACCUUCCAAUAGUGGCGUACUACCUACAGCAGCUGAUAAUACCGUAGUACAAAUCAACGAACAAGAUCAAUUUGUAACAGCGGGUGUGACGCAUCCCACUGCACCGGAUACUGUGGUUGUUACAAGUGGAAGUAACGAAAUCAAUGGAGAUCAAUUCAAAAACCCUGAUAUAGCGGAAGAUCGGAAAACUACUCAGGGAAUUGAGUUGUCAACACAACCGUAUAUACCUGAUGUAUCGCCUUACAUCCAUAUAAGUAUUAGUAAUGCACCGUCGUACUACACACCAGCUCCGGUUGUUGGCAAACCUGUGUUUAGACCAAAACCCAAGCCAUCUGAAGAGUAUGUGCUGGUUCCUACUAUCAAUCAUGAUGUAAAAAAUAAAACUGAUUCGAUUGAAACAAUUGUCAACAUAGUGCAAAUGCUUAAUGAUACCCGGAAAACAGGAAAACCAACUACUAGUCCACCUAAUAUCUACAUCUACAGUACUAGUACAGCCACAACAAGAAGACCUACUUCUCCAACAACUACUGGUACCACAGCAUCAACUACAACUAAAGCAGCGUAUACUACCAUCACUACAACAGCCCCACGAAGGACUACUUCAAAAUCAAAACUUACAACUAAGAAACGAUUUGGUACAACAACAAAAAAAUCAACUACAACCAGAAAGGUUGCCACAACCAGUAUUGGAACAAAGGGUACCACUACUUCUACGACAACAACAUCAAAGAAACCAGUAUAUCAGUACGUCAGUAGUACAACUUUUAGGCCCGCUGGAUACACAUCGAAAAAACCACCGAGUACUUCUUACGUCUACAGUAGUACUAUAUCGAAACGCCCAGGGUCCGGCACACUAACGACUGUACCAGGUUACGCUGUAACUCGACCACCCAAUGCUCCCACUAUUAUUGUACUGGGAUCAACACUGUCUAACACCAGUCCGGAACCACUUUCUCAUCAGUACACUCCCACAAAAUAUACUACACUACGUCCAAAUACAUAUACGGCUAGUACCAGCACUAAGCAUCCGGUGACUGUCACCAUCAACAACCACAUCACACAACAUAUACAUAACACUAGUGAAAGGCCAUCUCCUACAGUCCUUAUUACUCCUAAACCUAGCAUUACAACAACCCCUACAGUCAAUUCUUACUAUGCUGAAGAGUCGGAAACUGUAGAUGCAAAUGGCGACAAUCUCAUUAAUUUCCCCCCUGUGCGCAAUCCUAAUCUCAACAUGUCCAUUCCGAUAUUUGAUCAGGAUAAUGACAUAACGACUCCGGAUUUCAUUGAGGAUGCCGCGCUUGAUACCAAAGUAGAAUCCUUUGUUAAUAAGAUCAUUGCUGGUCUGCAAGAACCGUUUGACGGGCUUAAAGAUAUUGUUUAUUCGGGAGUGAAUAAAACUGAGACGACGACAAAAAAGCCGGUUAAGAAGACUACGACUAAGAAACCGACAACACGUGCGCCGGUUAUCACCACUACUACUGAGAGGGUUAAAACAACUACAAAAAAAGUUAAGACUACCAAACCCACCGAGAAGAAGAAGGUGACAACCAUUCAGACGACUGAGAGUUACAUUGAACAUGACGAUGUUAGUCAAGAUUACCGAGCGCAAUGUGGUAUUCGUCCACUGGUGAAAUCCGGUCGUAUCGUAGGAGGAAAAGGUGCCACCUUUGGCGAAUUUCCAUGGCAGGUUCUUGUGCGUGAAAGCACGUGGUUAGGACUCUUUACAAAGAACAAAUGCGGAGGUGUACUGAUCAGCAAUAAAUAUGUAAUGACAGCUGCGCAUUGUCAGCCAGGCUUUCUCGCCUCAUUGGUUGCCGUCUUCGGUGAGUUUGACAUCUCCGGCGACCUGGAGGCAAAGCGCGCCGUCAGCAGGAAUGUCAAAAGGGUCAUAGUGCAUCGUCAGUAUGACGCCGCGACUUUCGAAAAUGAUCUAGCGCUGCUUGAGCUGGAGCACCCGAUUCAGUUCGACGCGCAUAUAGUUCCGAUUUGCUUGCCACGUGAUCACGAAGAUUUCACGGGUCGAAUGGCGACUGUGACUGGCUGGGGUCGGCUCAAGUAUGGCGGCGGAGUGCCUUCCGUGCUACAGGAAGUUCAAGUACCCAUAAUGGAAAAUGUAGUUUGCCAAGAAAUGUUCCGCACAGCUGGACAUCAAAAAGUCAUUUUGGAAUCAUUCCUAUGCGCUGGUUACGCCAACGGACAGAAGGAUUCAUGCGAGGGAGAUUCCGGUGGUCCGUUGGUACUGCAGCGUCCCGACGGACGUUAUCAACUCGCCGGAACUGUGUCGCACGGCAUAAAGUGCGCAGCGCCAUAUUUGCCCGGCGUGUACAUGCGGACGACGUUUUACAAGCCGUGGAUCGAGUCCAUUACCGGAGUGCAUUAGAGGGGCGCGGACGCAAUUGAUGGUCACCAUUAUUGAAUUUAGUGAAUGACAGAAAAGUGCGCGGCGCGCGACACGCGGACGAUUUAAAUUGCGGGCGGCGGUCGCACACGCGCGAGUUAUGUAUGUACAAAACUGUCACAUAGGACUUUGUGUCGUCGACGAAGACGAGGUGUUAUUAAAGCUUAAAUCUAUACGAUAUUCGAUAUGCGGAAAAGAAGCAGUGUAUUUUUGUGUAUAAAUAUUUAUUUAUUUAUUUUUUGUUAUGAGUAUUUGUAUUCAUAAAAUUGAUCUUGAAAAGAAAGUAAUAUAUUUAAUUAAAUUAA